UCUUCCCUCACAGCACCUCCUCUUUAAUACCUCAUCCCUCCUCCUCCUCUCCCUGCUCCUCUUCUCAUAUCCUCUUGCUUCCCUCUCUGGAUCUCUUCCUCAAGAGAGAGCCCAAAGAGGCACUGCCAUACCAUCCAUGCUCAACAUGAUGGCUGAUCUGAGCUGCGGGUCGUCCAAGGUGAAAGAGCAGCCGGCGCCGACCGGCUCCGGCGACAAGCCAGGGAGGGGCAAGAUCGAGAUCAAGCGCAUCGAGAACACGACCAACCGGCAGGUCACCUUCUGCAAGCGCCGCAACGGCCUCCUCAAGAAGGCGUACGAGCUCUCCGUGCUCUGCGACGCCGAGGUCGCGCUCAUCGUCUUCUCCAGCCGCGGCCGGCUCUACGAGUACGCCAACAACAGUGUGAAGGCCACCAUUGAGAGGUACAAGAAGGCCAACAGUGACACUUCCAACUCUGGCACAGUUGCAGAAGUCAACGCCCAGCAUUACCAGCAGGAGUCCGCCAAGCUGCGCCAGACUAUCAGUAGCUUACAAAACUCAAACAGUAGGACCUUGGUGGGAGAUGCAAUCCACACUAUGAGCGUCAGGGAUCUUAAGCAGCUGGAGAUCAGGCUGGAGAAAGGAAUAGCCAAGAUUAGAGCUAGAAAGAAUGAGCUGUUAUACGCUGAAGUUGAGUACAUGCAGAAAAGGGAGAUGGAUCUACAGAGUGACAACAUGUACUUGAGGAGCAAGGUCGCCGAGAACAAUGAAAGGGGACAGCCGCCAAUGAACAUGAUGGGAGCGCCGUCCACAAGCGAAUAUGAUCACAUGGUCCCCUACGACUCGAGAAACUUCCUUCAAGUGAACAUUAUGCAGCAGCCUCAGCAUUACUCCCAUCAGCUCCAACCAACAACCCUUCAGCUCGGGCAACAACCCUUCAGUUAACCUUGUCUCACACUGCAAUGCACCCAACGAAGAGGUUGCCCGAAGGUGGUGUCGACGCACGCACGCGGCUAUUAUCAUGUGUCCAAUCGAGAUUACAUAACCCUAAACGUUUGUGGAACUAAUAAUCAUAUUGUAACCAGUACGAGUGUGUGAUGACCGUAUGUAAUUUGUAUCCGUACGGCGAGGCUACGCCAUCAGCGUCUGCAGCAGCAGCACUUGGUACGCAGCUCCUCGUCGAUCGUUCGCAAGAGACUACGCAUCUGUGCGAGUUAAUUAAUUAAAACGCUGUGUAUCCAUACAUGAUACCUUCAUCCGUGCGCGUGCGCCGCAAUAUAAUCUAUGUAUGUGU